CAGUCCAGUGAUGGUUGCCGGCUCUGAUGGAUGUGAGUUCCAAGUGUGUUCGUCCACGUACAGCACAGCACAUGGUCCAGCUCUCUCGGGGGAGAACCGUUUAGUGAAUAUUUGUUGAUUCAGUAAAUUAUCGGUUUUGCGUUGCUAUAAAUUUGAGCGAUUAGCAGACAGCUAUCUCGGAGGAAGUACACAAAAUUGGAGUGAUUCGUGUUCCCAUUGAAGGUGAUCCUCAGACGAACCGUUAAAAGUGGAUCACGCUACUCCAAAAAUGCUAAAAUUCAGCGGUUCCAACUGGUUCGCGAAGCCCCACUCGCGGAAGAAAACCAACGGAGCCAAACCGCAGCAGGCAUUGGUGAGCUUUGCCGAUCCAGAGGUUCCGGAAGUGCCUCCGAGAACUCAUCGCCGGAAGGGUCGCUCGAGUCCGGCGGCCACUAGUCCCUUGGACCAGCGGCACCAGGUGCAGUUCCAGCAGCAGGUCUCGUGGGCCAGCGAGUCGAGCACGGUGACCGAGAGUUUAGGCGGGGACAGUCUCUUCUCCCGACAGAGUAGCUUCCGGCAGAGUGUCGCCAGCAGUGCCAGCAGGAGGCCACCACAGCCGUUGUCGCGACGAGCCCGCAAAAUCAUGGCCGAUACCGAGAAGGAGGAAGCGGUCAACUUGCAGGUGGAGUUUGAGUGGGUUCUUCACGAGGAGGUUCAUUCGGUGCUGAAGCAGCUGCACGCCAUCCUGGUCGAGUGUGCGCACCGGUUUCCGGUGCCCCUGUACGGGAACGAGGGCAAGAAGCAGGACAAGUUCAUCCUGACGGCGGCUCCCGAGCAGCUCAAGUGCGUGGUCACGUUGACCGGGGACAGCAUCACGCAUGCGGAUAUCAACUUUAAGGUCCAACGGCAGCAGCAGCAAACCCAGCGGACCACAAUCACCCAGGACUAUCCGUGGAAGAUCCAGCAGGUGCAGGACGCCGCCAACCAUCUUCAGCAAGCAAUAAACCACAUCGACAAUGUGGACGGUUCGUACCACUUUAAGACCUCGGACGAGGUGCUGCACAUCCUGGGCAACAUUCUGGGGGCGUUGCAGCGGGGCCGGACAUCGUUGGUGGUGCCCCGGAAGAAGCCCAUCGACGAGCUGAUGAAGAGUCGCAACAUGAAGGCACUGUCGCCGAACCUGCCGGAAGAUCUGGCCAUCAGCUUUUACAUCCAGAGUCACAAGUUGAUCUUUGUGGCGUACCAGCUGACCAAUUUCCAGGGCACGAUGAAGUUCGACUCGUGCCAGGCGGAGUGUUCGGUGCCGUGGCUGAACGAGGUGCUGGUGCUGUUUACGGUGGCGCUGCAGCUGUGUCAACAGUUGAAGGAUAAGAUUUCAGUAUUCUCGCAGUACAAGGACUUUACCGUUGGCUCGCGGUCCGCCUCGGCCAUGUCCUACUGACUGGAGGCCUCUCCGGCCACGGAAGUCCUACUGUCGUGCCGGGCUUAAGGGUAACGGAGACGGCUUUGAACCCGCACGCAUCGCAUCGUUCAUCCACCAUCGCACAUCCGCUUCUAGUGAAAUCACGCAAAAACAAGUUCGUCGUCAAACCUGGUCCAGGAGCGAGGGCGCGCAAAAUCGACCGUUGUUGAAAAUAUUGAUGUUUGUUAACUACUAUAAAUUACUCGUGUUGUUAUCAUGGAUAAGGAGCCACGCUCUGCGGCGGAUGGUUCAUCGAACAAUUAAAGAAUUGCUCGUCGUCCCCGAAAAACGAGUCACGCGUGGAAUGCAAAAAAAAACAAGCUGGCACGUAGUUAUAAGUAAACAAAGUUAAUGUUUAAGAGUACUUAACAGUUGUAAGUAUACAGUAGUUACGUAAACAAAUAGUGGCAAAAAAAAACACAUUUACUCAAACAAUUUGUGCAAGUGGAGUUCGUCGCCGUCCCAAGCAGUAGCUGGUUUGGUUCGCAAAAAUGAAAACAGGAAAAGUGUGCAAUUAAUCGCGAUCGAUCGAUUGAUCGUGACGGUGGUGGAUGUGGUGUGUUGAGGACAUGUUGUAAAUAGGUGUUUUAAUAUGUUGAAUGUGUGUUUUAGGAAUCUCGAAACAGGAGGAAAACAAGAAAAAAAUAAUAAAUGAAGUAGUGGACUGAGCGACGAACUGGAAAUUGAUUUUAAAUUGAUCCUCAUGCAUUGUAUCUUACUAGGCGUAUUGAAGUUAUUCUUGAAAACAUUCGGCAUUUCAAGUUCUGGAAAAAAGUGGAAAUAAAUCGUUUUAUUACAUUA